UUUUGACAAUCUCUCAGCUGUUUAUCGGACGCGGAGUUUUCUGACUUCACCGCGCUACUUUGACGUCUGUGAAAGUGGCCCAAUAUCACUGGACGAAGUGCAAUAAUUGACGCUGAAAUACUGCUUUAUAGUUCGGCCGUUAAGAAUGAAGCUCAGGGUGAGAAUCAACAAACAGAGCAGCAGACUGGAGCUGGACGGACCGGAACCGACGCUGUCCGAGCUUAGUGACCGGGUCAGAGACACCCUGCUUCCUCAGUGCGGGCUCGGGUCUGAUGUGGAGUUCAGCCUGUCUCUGAACGGGAAGGAGGUUCUGCUGGACACGGGACAGACGCUCUCCUCGUGUGGGGUUGUUUCUGGUGAUAUGAUCACUGUGAUUUUGCCCCAGCAAACACAAACUGCCCCAGAGCCCCCGAGCGGAGCAGGAGCUGUCCGGACAAACACAGCCUCAUCCAGCGAGGAGGCUGAACGCAGCGGUGUGAGGGAUUGUGGGAUGGAGGAGUGGGUGGAGGAAGAGGAGGGUGUGUCUCCUCCGCUGCUGUGCUGUGAGACGGAGGACGGAGAGAUUCCUCACGCUCUGGAGCGGCUGCUGGACUCCUCGAGCUGCAGAAACACGUCUGACUGUCUGAUGCUGACCGUACACCUGCUGCUGCUGGAGACCGGCUUCCUGCCGCAGGGUUGUAAUGUGAACUCAGGAGAGAUGCCGAUUGGCUGGCGGGCGGCAGGGGGCGUGUACAGACUACAGUAUGCCCACCCACUUCUGGAGAACAGCCUGGUGUCAGCGGUUGCCGUGCCGAUGGGACGGACGCUCGUCAUUAAUGCUGUUCUGAAGAUGGACACGACUAUGGAGAAUUCACACAAGCUGGUGCUGAAACCAGAUGAUUAUGUGACUGCUGAUUGGCCAGGUGGCUGCCCAGGCGUCGUCUACAAAGACCUGCGCAGACUUUCUCGUCUCUUUAAAGAUCAGCUGGUGUAUCCACUCAUGGCCGCCGCCAGACAGGGGCUGGGUCUGCCGGCUCUCUUCGGCCUGGCUGUUCUUCCUCCUGAGCUGCUGUUGCGUGUUUUACGGCUGCUGGAUGUCGUCUCUCUCGUCUCGCUGUCAGCCGUGUGUCGAGACCUGAACGUCGCUACCCAUGAUCCUUCACUCUGGAGACACCUGCUGCACAGAGACUUUCGGGUGUGUUUUUCUGCAGGAAAUCAACAGCGAGACACCGACUGGAAGGAGCUGUACAGAAAGAAGUAUAAGCAGAGGAAGGAGAAUGAGCGUCGGGGCAGAUGCCGCUUUUUCCCGCCUCACGUGCCUCCGAUUUUCCCGCUCACCCCGGUCCCUUCGGCUCCGGUUCCUCUUCUUCUUUAUCCUCCCGGGAUCAUCGGCGGAGAUUACGACCAGGUGCCUGUUAUCCUGCCCCGCCCACGCUUCGACCCCAUUGGCCCGCUCCCGGGUCACCUGCCAGGGCUGGGCGUUCCUAUUGGCCGACGGAGCCUGAGGCCGGGAGGAAGUCGCCCGGCGGACGUCAGGAGAGGUUUCAUUUGAACACUUUAAAUGCUUUUUUUCCCAAACAGGAAGAGGUCAAAUUAUUCUUUUUUUUUCUUUGUUAAUUAACACAUUCCUGGGACAUUCAGAGCAACAAACCCAAUUCAGUACAUCAAAGAUUCAUUACAAAACAUUACAAAGAAUGCAUUAAAGAGCAAGAUGUGUUUGAGGCAUAAACAACACUCAAUAAACAGUUCAGAAUGAUUUUUAUUAA